UUGACAGAUGAAAAAGUGAAGGCCUAUCUUUCUCUUCACCCCCAGGUACUGGAUGAAUUUGUGUUAGAGAGCGUUGGUGCUGAAACAGUGGAAAAAUGGCUUCAAAGGAAACAAAAUAAAGAGGAAGAUAUUUCAGUUCCUAAGCAUGUAAGCAGGUACCAAAAUCCCGAUAUGGAAGGAAUGGUGUACGACCUGAACAGCCAUUUAGAGAAACGGAUGGAUGUAACAGGGAACAAUCAACUGCUCUUGUAUGAAUUGAGCACCAUCAUUCAAAUAGCUACAAAGGCUGAUGGAUUUGCACUGUAUUUCCUGGGAGAAUGCAAUAAUAGUCUUUGCAUGUUCACACCACCAAGAGUGAAGGAUGGACAACCAGUACUUGUUCCUGUAGGACCAGUUAAAUACGGCACCACAAUAUCUGCUCAUGUAGCCAAAUCUAAGAAAACACUGUUAAUAGAAGAUAUUUUGGGGGAUGAACGGUUUCCCAAAGGAACUGGGCUGGAAUCAGGGACUCGUAUCAAGUCUGUACUUUGUUUGCCAAUUGUGACCGUACUUGGAGAUCUAAUUGGUAUCCUGGAGCUUUAUCGAAAAUGGGGUAAUGAAACUUUCCAUCUCAGUCACCAAGAGGUUGCAGUAGCAAACCUUUCGUGGGUCUCAAUAGCAAUGCAUCAAGUAGAGGUAUCCAGGGGUUUGGCCAAACAGACUGAACUGAAUGACUUCCUGCUUGAUGUAUCAAAAACCUACUUUGAUAACAUAGUUGCAAUAGAUUCUCUACUUGAAAAUAUAAUGAUAUAUGCAAAAAACCUGGUGAAUGCAGAUCGCUGUGCACUCUUCCAGGUAGAUCAGAAGAACAAUGAGUUGUAUUCAGACUUGUUUGAUAUUGGAGAAGUACAUGAAGGGAAGCCUGUCUUCAGGAAGACCAAAGAAAUAAGGUUUUUCAUUGAAAAAGGAAUAGCUGGUCAGGUAGCAAGAAGUGAAGUCCUCAACAUACCUGAUGCCUAUGCAGAUCCACGUUUUAACAGGGAGGUAGAUCUCUACACAGGCUAUACAACAAGGAACAUUUUAUGCAUGCCUAUUGUGAGUCGAGGAAGUGUCAUAGGUGUUGUGCAGAUGGUGAACAAACUAACUGGAAGUGCCUUUUCUAAAACCGAUGAGAACAAUUUUAAAAUGUUUGCGGUCUUUUGUGCUUUGGCAUUACACUGUGCUAAUAUGUAUCACAGAAUUCACCAUUCAGAAUGUAUAUAUCGGGUAACAAUGGAGAAGCUUUCAUAUCACAGUGUUUGUACAGCAGAAGAGUGGAAAAAUCUAAUGGAUUGUAAACUGCCAUCACAACUCUGCAGAGAGAUUGAACUAUUCCAUUUUGACAUUAGUCCUUAUGAAGAGUUUUGGCCAGCAAUUUUUAUCUAUAUGAUUCAUCAAAGUUGUGGAGCAGGCUGUUUUGAUAUGGAAAAACUAUGUCGUUUCACGAUGUCUGUAAAGAAGAACUACCGUCGAGUGCCCUAUCACAACUGGAAACACGCCAUCACAGUUGCACAUUGCAUGUAUGUUAUUCUUCAGCACAACCACAGGACUUUCACAGACUUAGAACGAAAGGGUCUUCUCGUUGCCUGUUUAUGCCAUGACUUGGAUCACAGGGGUUAUAGCAACAGCUAUCUUCAGAAAUUUGAUCAUCCAUUGGCAGCACUUUAUUCCACUUCAACCAUGGAACAGCAUCAUUUUUCUCAGACAGUGUCUAUACUGCAGCUGGAAGGCCACAAUAUUUUCUCUAAUUUGAACUCCAAUGAAUAUGAACAGGUCUUGGAAAUUAUCCGCAAAGCCAUUAUUGCUACAGACCUUGCUCUGUAUUUUGGAAACCGAAAGCAAUUGGAAGAGUUACAACAAACAAGAUCACUGAAUCUUAAAAUCCAGCCACAUAGGGAUCGUGUGAUUGGCUUGAUGAUGACAUCUUGCGACUUGUGUUCUGUGACAAAAUUAUGGCAUGUUACCAGACUCACAGCCAAUGAUAUCUACGCAGAGUUUUGGGCUGAGGGUGAUGAAAUGAAGAAGUUAGGUAUUCAACCUAUACCUAUGAUGGACAGAGAGAAAAAAGAUGAAGUUCCUCAGGGUCAGAUUGGGUUCUAUAAUGCUGUAGCUUUGCCCUGCUAUAGUACACUUGCACAGAUCCUCCCUCCCACAUCACCACUCCAUCGAGCCUGCAGGGAAAAUCUCAAACAAUGGGAAAAGGUGAUACGAGGGGAAGAAGCUUACGGAUGGAUACCCUCCCAAACUACUAGUUCUGACUCAGACACUUUCCCUGUGAAGAUUGUUGACUGAUCCACAUUUAAGGCUUUUUAUUCCACAAUUUCUAGCCUUUUAAAAGGAUAAACUCUGCAAAUACAAAGUGGGAAGACUGAGUGCAAAUUUCUUUUCCUCGGUGAUACAAUGUGAACACAAGAUCCAACUAUUCAAGCAAAAGUCGGCUUGUAAAUAUAAAAGACUGGCUUUUUAAUAGGCUAUUUUGCUGAGGCCUUAAUUUCAAAAUGAUUGGGCUGGGAAGGCUAACCUAGGCUUGGUUUUAAAUUGUGUCUUUGUGGUAAGGAGGUUUCACUGGCACUUUUGCAUACUAUUACACAAUACUGUGAUUGGCUUAAAUACCAGGUUCACCUGGGGAAGUCUAGACUGUAAUAGGACAUUUCCACACUGAUAUGGUAAAUGUUUUUGUUUGAGCUUUGAACUCCAGAAGAAAAUCUCUGGGGCAGAAACUAUCACUGAGUUUACAGUACUUGAAUUUAUCUUGCUUCAAAUGGGAGGUUUAAUUUCCAGAUACUAGUCUCCUAAAGCAUCAUGAAGCAACUACUUUAUUGCACCCAUUAGACAUUGGGAAAAAUAUAUCAGUGUUUCUUUAGUGAUUUUGUAAUUUAGGGGAAAUGUCCAUUUCUACCCUGGAAACAGAAUAUUUACCUCUGGUUGUAAGUAUCACAUUAGGUACCUGAAAACCCAUCGUUUCAACCCUAGUAAGAGUAAUGGGUUGAAUUUCAAAUGUAGUAGUGUAAAUCUGUCAGGAAAAGCUAGUCAUUGUGUAAACAAAUAUUACAGAUGGAUGCCUUCAAAUCCCAGCUAGUUCACAAAAAAUAGGACCUUCCGGACAUAGUUAUAAUCUUCAGAAAUCAUAAUGGUACUUACAUAUUCUUAGUAGCUUCUGUGUUGCUCAUUAGCACCAGUUGGGCUCUGUUCUACCUUUCACUUUAAAUCUCCAUUUACUCAAAAACCUUUAAAACAAAUUGUCUAGUCUUGUAACCUGUUGCCUGUGGAACAAGAAAGCAGAUACGUUAAACCAUUGCUCUUACAUACUGUGAAGUCUGUGUUGAUAUUGGCCCCAAUUCUGCACAAAAUUUCAUUAUGUGAUAUAUUUCCAUAUGCGUUAGGCUGUAUACACACCUUGAAAAUGUGAAGUAGAGAGAAAGAAAUUGAAAAAAAAAGUGUUAUAAACCUUAGAUGAGCAACAGCAUCUCUGAUACUAAUUAGAAUAGUUCCUUUUCAGGUUUCCUUGGGAACUUGAAACAGGUUGUGGCUGCAUUAAGGUUAAGAAAUUGGUUCCUUUAAAUGGGCAAUGCCUUUUUUUCUCCCAGGCUCACACAAAACCUUGAAAAAAGUUAUUUUAAUGGAUAGCAGAGAGGAGCUGUGUUCCUAGGAGGCCCCAAAAAACUUCUUCCAAAUUAGGUUUGAAGCAUGUACAGUCCUAAUGUCUAUACCUCUUUGCAGAACUAUAUUUGCAAAUAUGUUAACCUUAAUCUAGUUGUAGACAAUGUAACAAUAAGCCAUGAGGUUUAAUCCUAGCACCACUGACCUCAGUGUGAACACCUCUAUUGACUUGAAUGGAAAUCUCUCCCUCUCUAUCUCUUUCUCUGCCUUUCUUUGUUUCUCUCUAUCUCGGUAGGAGCGUCUUCCUGCUGAAGUAGGCUUCAUUCGUAUACUUGAUAUAGCAUUUAAAUGGGCCUAUCAUAUAGGCCUUCUUGGCAAAAUCUUACAUACAAUACAUACACAACACAUCACCAUUGUAUUCCCCAUUCCAACAUUCUAUUCAAAUGCAGAUAUUUACUGGAUCGAUAAGCUUUCAGGCACCAUGUGACAAUGGUCAGAAGAUAACUAUCAAAUGCUGAAAGAAUCAAAUGAAAUGGAAAGCAAAUAUUGUAUUUUUCGGAAUAUAAGAUGCACCUUCCCCCUUA